GAAGUGAACUACCUCCUGGUUCCCGGAGGAUAGUGGGUAGUAGUGGAGGCGUGACAAGUCGAGGGAGUUGUGCGAACAAAAGCUUCUAAAAAGCUUGUUUCCAGGGCUCCAAAUUACUGUGUUUAUCGCACAAACCACAGUUUAAACGUGUUCCGUUGUAGAUAUGGCGGAGUUUGACGAGAGAAGCGGCGUGGUGGAGUGUAAGACGCCCUGGGGUUGCUGGUAUCAGACUGUGGAUGAGAUAGUGGCGGAGGUAACGCUAGAACCGGGAACAAAGGCGAAGGAAAUCAAGUGUAAGCUGAGCGGGAAGAAGUUGACAGCCGUCGUGAGGGGGAAGGAGAUCGUAAAUGGUACCGUUGCUGGGAAUGUUGUUACAGAUGACUUUCUUUGGACAGUUGAGGAUAACAAGUUACUGAGGAUAGUGAUCACCAAGAGUGACCGCACGGGCCGAGACUGUUGGCAGUCUCUACUGCAGGGUCAGUACCCCGCUGACCCACAGGUGUACGACAACAUGGAGAAGAAACUGACCAUGGAGAGAGUCCAGAGAGAGACCCAAGGCGUAGAGAACACAACCUCCUGGGAGCAGAUAUGGCAGUGGGAUGCAGCUCACAAGAAUACUAUUGCAAUUGCAAAUGCAGAGUAAUCCAGGGCUGAAUUUUGCGGAUGCUGAAAUAACGGGAAAUUACCACGGAGGAGGACCCCAGUGGGACACAUAACAGCAACUCUUCAAUAACUGGGAAAAGGAAUCUGUGCCUUUAACCUUCACCCAGCUGAGGUACCUUUUCGGCACCAAAUAUGUAUUUAUUUUGGUGAUUUGGUCAGGAGGAAGGUUAAACUGCAUCGAACAGUCCAUUCAAUGUUUGGAGAUGAUUAAAAGACUGCUAUGACUACAUCGCAAGAGUUAUGAUGUGGCAAUUUCAAAUCAAAGCUGCAUUUCAGUGACCACCCUGGAAUUUCAAGAUAUAUACAGUUGAAUGCUGUAGAUGUCUUCAAAAUCAAGAGUUCAUAGUGCAGCUGUUAAAAAGGGACUACAGUAAACUCAUCUAAAGUGGUGCAAUGCUAUGACUGGUGUUCUUUCUCACUUAUGUACUUUUAGUGGUGUUUCAGAUUAAAUACCUCUUCAAUGAGAGUUUUGUAAUCAGACUUUCCUGCUUAGCUUUUUAUUUUGCAUGAAAAUGAUGUUUUGUAAUAACAGGGCAAAUGCCUACUUUUGGGGUAUAUCACUAGUUAGUUAAGAUGAGCAGCUGUUCCUUUAAUUUCAUUGGAAUAUGCAAUCAAGUUCUCUUUCUGUUCAAUAUUGUUCUUGAAAACAAAUCAGGAAAAGUAGCUUUUCUAUUUAUUUUGAUUGUCGUAGCAAGACGUACAUGAAUUAGAUUUUUUAUAUUAAAGGUGA